UUUUCUCUCUCUCUUCUUCUCUCGACCUCUCUCUCCCAGCUCGAGUGAGUCCACACAAGUAGCGAAUCCCUGAUUCGUCUAGGGUUAGGGUUUUCCUGCCCGACUCGCUCGCCUGGGUGUUUCUGCAGUGCGUCCGUCGUGGGUGGAGUCGCUCCAAGCUCGGGUUUUUAGGGCUUUUUGUAGGCGCUCUCGAGGGCUGGUUGUUUCGACGCCAAGUGGGUGUCGCCCAGUUGGAUCUCGGUCUGCACCUUGCCUCUGUACCAUGGACGCUCGCAAGAGAGGAAGAUCCGAAGGUGGCUUGCACGCUAAUGGGGGGCUCAAGAAGUCCAAGAAAGAAUCGGAGUCCUUAUCUGGUGUAGGAAGCAAAUCGAAGCCAUGCACAAAGUUUUUCAGCAUUGCUGGUUGUCCCUUCGGUGAGGGCUGUCACUUCUUGCACUAUGUGCCUGGUGGCUACAACGCUGUGGCCCAGAUGAUGAACCUGGCACCAGCUGCCCCCCCAGCACCUAGAAAUAUGGUUGCUCCACCCCUGCAAAAUGGCAUGGGUGCGUCUCAGCCUGCUGUCAAAACCCGCAUGUGCAACAAGUAUAACACUGCAGAAGGCUGCAAAUUUGGUGACAAAUGCCAUUUUGCUCACGGUGAAUGGGAGCUUGGCAAGCCCAUAGCUCCAUCUUUCGAUGAUCCGCGUGCCAUGGGACCCAUUACAGGCCACCGCUUGGGUGGGAGGAUGGAGCCGAUGCCACCACCACCCGGCCCAGCUUCUAGCUUUGGCGCGUCUGCCACUGCAAAAAUCAGUGUUGAUGCUUCCCUCGCUGGAGCCAUCAUUGGAAAGGGUGGCGUGAACUCGAAGCAGAUUUGCCGCCAGACGGGGGCCAAGCUGUCCAUCCGGGACCAUGAGAGCAACCCGGUGCUCAGGAACAUCGAACUCGAAGGGACAUUCGAACAGAUUAACCACGCGAGCACCAUGGUGAGGGAGCUGAUCGACAACAUCAGCGCACUAAGUGGCCAUGCAAAGGGCCACGGAGGGCCUGGGGCCCCGGCCCCUCCCGGCAGCAACUACAAGACGAAGCUGUGCGAUAAUUUCGCUAAAGGGUCUUGCACGUUUGGAGAGAGGUGUCACUUUGCGCAUGGAGCUGCCGAGCUACGCAAGACAGCAGUUUGAAGAAUCUUUGGAGUCUUGAGAGUGCAAUUCUCGGAGAGGAUCUGUUGUGCAGCCUUGUAUUAGGGAGAGCUUCUAAUGUCUUGAGUUAGUAGCAUUACUUAUUUCAUGUUUUUUGUUUUUUCAAUUUUUGGGGUUACCGAAUCACUUUGAUAAGUUACAUUGUCACAGCUUGGUAAUGGGGUAGCUUUUUUCUAACUUCUUUCUUGUUUUAAUUUGGUCAGAUGCUAGCAAGUUGAGAUUUUACAGCUUUUCGUAUGGGUGCC